AUGGAGAUGGAGGAAAAUUGGAGAGUGGACGUAGGUGGAGUGAGUGGCAGUAAGGGGAAGUACAAGAAAAGAGCGGCAGUGAGAGGAAAUUCGAAGGUUAAAAAGUGGGUUUCUGAAUUUAAGAAAGGUCGCACGAGCACUUCUGACGAACCACAUUCAGGACGCCCCGAUGAGGUCGCAACUCCCGAAAUGAUCGAACAAAUUUAUAAAAUGGUGAUAGAGGACUGCAGAUUAAAGAUAAAUGAGAUAGAUGACUGCUUCAAUCGAAAAUUUGGCGCUGUCGUUGCGAUGGCUAAAAUCAACGAAUUGAAAUUGGAAUUGUUCCCUCAUCCACCAUAUUCACCAGAUUUGGCCCCCUGCGAAUAUCAUCUGUUCCCUAACCUUAAAAAAUGGUUUGGAGGAAGGACUGCAAUUGCAGAGCCUAUUUUAUGGAAGGCUGCAUCACUGAAUAUGACUGAUGGGAAAAGGAAGCUUUGCGGCAGCUUAAGUCUUAUGCAGAAUCGAAAAAGGGAUCCUAUUAUUAGAACUGCAGAAGUCGAUUGUCACGCGAUGACAUAUUACCGCCAUUUGUGGUGCUAA